ACUGAUGAGAGCCUAGGAUCAUGCACACACUUUCUGCCUCAGAAACAGAAGGCAUCUAUUUUAGGUACAUGUAUGGGAAAGAAGUGAAAGGAACCGUGCAGGUGACUUUGUGCCAGAAGGCAAAGAGGUGCCCUCAAGAUGCCAGCAAAGUUAUCUGUAGAGAAUACAGCGGUCUGACAGCAAGCAAGGGAUGCUUCACAUCUUCAGUAAGCACAACAGUAUUGAAUCUGGCUCCUGGUGAGGAAGACAGCAAAAUCUAUGCAGAAGCUUCUCUACUGGAGGAAGGCACAGGUACCUGUACCCAGAAGCAUACAGUCAUUUGAAGCAGAGAUUGUACAAGGAUGAGAGGGCCCUUUCCUGGAGAUGAAGCAUCAGAGCAGGCAUACCUCCUCCUGUACUACAGUGUGUUGGGGCCUCUAGAAGACUCAAAGGGUGCUCCUGCUUGAGGGACUUGAUCUGUCCAGCAGCAAGCAGAUAAGGCGUGGCUGGGCAUGUGGUCCUUCACAGUUUAGGAAGACCCACACAAAACCGCCACAGGAACAGCCUGCACACCUUGAAAUGUGCUGAUUUUGGGAAGGAAGCCUGAGACAUUCCAAUCAGAGGUCC